UCCUUCUUCAAAUAAAAAUAGUACUCUUCUAUAAUAAAAUUUAAAGCCCUAUAAAUUCUCUUUUAACAAUAUCUUUUAUAGAUAUAUAUAGGGAAUUGAGCAUAAGUGAUGUGUAAGCCAUGCUUAUUGGUUAUCACUUGUCUUUUUGUUUUCUUUCUAUUGAUGCUAGCCAUAUGAUAGGAGGGUAGCUACAACAUUUCAUUUACUAGUUUUUACUUCUCUCUGUCUCUCUCUGUUUCACUGAGCUAUAAUCAAUCUCACAACUAUAAAAGAGCAGCUUUUGAGGUGGAAAUGAGAUAAGACCCACUCAACAAACAAGAAGGAAUAUGAAACCAAUUUUCUUAAUUAGUGACUGGAAUCCAUAUUGGUAAGUAACAGCUAAGCAAAACAAGUGUGGGAGAGAAAUGGAACCAUAUAACAUUAAAAACGGUGAAGGGACUCUCCUUGGAUUUUCUCUUGUGGGUCUUUGUACUACCAUUCAUCCUACACGUGUCUUAACAUGACAAGACCAUUAAAGCCGCUGAAGUUUUUGUUUCUGGUGCUCUUUGAAGUUGAGUUUCUAAACUAGUUGCUGUCGCGAAUUAUAUAUAAAGCACAUUGACAUCAUGUAGAUUGUAUUUUUGAUGUAAAUGAAUGAUAUUUUUGUAAUAUCUUACAACUUCAAGUUUACAUCUAAAUUUUGAAUGUGAGACUAAAAUCCAGCUAUGAUUUGCUAAUCGAGCAUCA